AUGAGGUGGCUCCUGCUCGUCGCGACCCUCGUUGGGUCCAGCAUCUGUGGCCGAGAGAAAUUUUUGGGUCGUGGACCUAGCAAACGCGGUGGCAUCCUCCCUGGGGCCCACCGAUGCUUCAGUGAGCAGUCGGGGCGAGGGGAAGCUCCCACGGAGCACCCAGGUGGGCAGGCGGCCAGGACACAGAAUGCCCGAGUGGAGGAGGAUGUGCCCUCUCGCCUGUCUCCCUUCAUCCCCUCCGUCUCACGGACCUCCCCGGUCCUUCUUGCUCUGCUGGUGCCUUCUGCCCUGACCUUUAGGCUUUUUAAGGAUGGGAUGGUGGCCAGGAUGUCUGGAGGUGCUGGGCGGGCAGAGAGCAGGAAGGACCAAGUUUUUAGGAUUAAUGUCAGAAAUGGAGACGAGAUCAGCAAAUUGAGUUGGCUGGUGAAUUCGGACAACUUUAAGCUCAAUGUCUGGAAAUCUCCCUCCACCUUUGGUCGGCCGGUAGAUGUCCUGGUCCCAUCUGUCAGCGUGCAGUCGGUCAAGUCCUUCCUGGCAUCCCAGGGCUUGGAGUACUCGGUGACAAUUGAAGACCUACAGGCCCUGUUAGACAACGAAGAUGAAGAGAUGCAACAGAACGAAGGGCAGGAACGGAGCGGCAGUAACUUCAACUAUGGCGCUUAUCAUUCUCUGGAAGCCAUUUACCACGAGAUGGACAGCAUUGCCACAGAUUUUCCUGACCUGGCGAGCAGGGUGAAGAUUGGACGUUCCUUUGAGAACCGGCCCAUGUACGUCCUGAAGUUCAGCACUGGAAAAGGAGGCCAACGGCGGCCGGCCGUUUGGCUGAAUGCAGGCAUCCAUUCCCGCGAGUGGGUCUCCCAGGCCACGGCCAUCUGGACGGCGAGGAAGAUUGCCUCCGACUACCAGAGGGAUCCAGCCCUCACCGCCAUCUUGGAGAAAAUGGAUAUUUUCUUGUUGCCUGUGGCCAAUCCCGAUGGAUAUGUGUACACACAGACUCAUAACCGGAUGUGGAGGAAGACACGGUCCUUCAAUCCUGGAAGCCCCUGCAUUGGCACUGAUCCAAACAGGAACUGGAAUGCAAGCUUUGCGGGACAGGGAACCAGUGCCGACCCUUGCUCCGAAGUGUAUCAUGGCCCGCAUGCCAAUUCGGAAGUGGAGGUGAAAUCGGUGGUCGAUUUCAUUCAGAAUCACGGGAAUUUCAAAUGCUUCAUCGACCUGCAUAGCUACUCGCAGCUGCUGAUGUAUCCAUAUGGGUACACUGUCAAGAAGGCCCCGGAUGCAGACGAGCUGGACGAGGUGGCGCGGUGUGCGGCCGAGGCUCUGGCUUCCGUGUCGGGCACUGAGUACCAAGUGGGUCCCACCUGCACCACUGUCUACCCAGCUAGUGGGAGCAGCAUCGACUGGGCGUAUGAUAAUGGCAUCAAGUACGCAUUCACCUUUGAGCUGCGAGACACCGGGCACUAUGGCUUCCUCCUGCCGGCCAACCAGAUCAUCCCCACUGCCGAGGAGAGUUGGUUGGGGCUAAAGACCAUCAUGGAGCAUGUCCGGGACCAUCUCUACUAA